AGAUGAUUACGAAAUGGCUUGCAGUCACAGUUCAGCUCUCGUUAUGUGCAACACGAACGUCAAAAUUUCCAACGAAAUUUUCAUUCUUUUAUUCGCCCGCGGUGGCUCAUCGAUGGCAUAUAAUAUCUAAGAUGUUUUUUUCCAUCGAGAAAUUGCCGUAUUGGCCACAGUGGCUCGUCGCUCUAAUCAUGAGUCUCGCGGUACUGGUGACCGGCAUGGGAAACGGCUGGACGUCGCCGUACUUGGCCCAGCUGACCGCGCCCGACGCGACAUUGGCCCUCAAACUGACAGCUACGGAAGCCUCGUGGAUCGCGUCGAUUCUCAGCCUCGGCAGAUCGAUCGGCUCCGUCGGCGGAGCGAUAUCUCAAGGUUGCAUCGGUCGAAAAAAAACGAUUCUGGGGGGUGCUGUGCCGCUGGCUCUCGGUUGGACGUUCCUAAUGCUAGCGACGAGCGUUCCGUGGCUCUACGCCGGGCGUUUGUUGAUCGGUACGGCAUCUGGAAUCGUUUGGUCCGGCCUGGCGCUCUUCAUCGGCGAGAUCGCCGACCCGAAGAUACGCGGAUCUCUGAUAUUUUUGAACCUAAACGUGACGGCGAUCGGGGCGUUUUUGGGAAACGCGAUCGGGCCGAACAUGCCGAUGGAGCAUUUCGCGGGCGUGAGCUUAGCCCUGACGGCGGUGUUCGCGGUGGCGUUCGCACUCGUGCCGGAGUCCCCGUACCACCACAUUUUGAAGGGGAAUACGAGGAAGGCCGAGGAAUCGUUGCGGUGGUACAAUCGGCGAGAGAACGUAAAAGCGGAGAUAAGCGAGUUGCAGGAUUUCGUGGGCUCGACGAAGGUCAGCGUGGCCGACAGACUGGCCGAAUUUAAUAAGCCGGUAAAUCGUAAAAAUCUAGCGACGAUGAUGUGUCUGAGUAUUUUUUUGUACGGUGCUGGACACAACACGAUGAGCUAUUACGCCGAAAUAAUAGUGGCCAAAAGUAAAAUCGGUUUGACCCCGAGCGUCGUCGUAAUGUCGCUGAGCUUCUGCUCGAUCAUCGCCGCGGCAACCGCGACGAUAAUCGUCGAUAAAUUGAACCGGCGAACUUUGCUAUUCGCGUCGAGCAUCGGUGCCUCGAUCGCAAUGAUUUCCCUCGGGGUUCAUUUUCACUUAAUGUCAAGCGUUUAUUCGGCGAGCUCGUACGCGUGGCUCCCCAUCUUUUCACUCAUAUUGUACAACUUCAGCCUGGCGUGGGGCCUCGUGCCAGUUCCUUGCGCUCUUAUCAGCGAAAUAUUUCCACCCAUUAUAAAGACGACGGCCUCGAUGAGCCUAAGCGCUACAGCCGCUCUCAUAUCUUUCACUACGGCCAGGAGUUUUCAACCUUUUCUCGAUCUCGUCGGUGAAAAAUACGUCUUUUGGACUUUUUCUCUGAGCUCACUUUCCUCCGCUCUUUUCACGUGGAUCUUCGUUCCCGAAACCAGAGGCAAAUCCCUCAUUCAAAUUCAAAAAGACAUGUCCAAGAGCAAAGUUCACGAAGUCGAGAAUAUCAACCAAAAGAAAUUCAACGAUAUUACCCACAACGCUUAGUAGCGAGCUUUCGUCUUAAUUCCUCUAUCUUUAUAUUCACUUCCCUAUUAUUUUACCGUGAAAAAUCGACGCUCCGCAUAUAUGCCUAAUGUUUUUUCCCUCCGUGAGGGAGCAGAGUUCACCGCACUCUCUGCGUGUAUUCAUUAUAAAGACUAACAACAACUUCAAUCCACUACGCUCGUGCAAAGGACGAACGAAUGUCACCGAGCGCCCCCUAUGCCUUUUCACUUUCUCGUAUAUAUUUUUUCCCAAUUUUUCGGACGCGAAAUUCAUUCUUUUUAUGUACAAUUUGUAUGCAGAUUGAGAGAAAAAAAAUAUUGGUUUACCGACGCGAAAAGUCUAGAUUUAUCACGAAUCACUUGUUUUAAAAUCAUGACUAUUUUGUCUUUUCAAAGACACUGUUAUUGCGAGGAAUAAGCAUCACACGAACGAUAUUCACGUACGAAUAAAAAAUAGAAAGUGCACGAGUAUGAAAGACAGAGUAGUAUAGUUAAUAGGAUGUUAAAUACUUAUUGUUAAGAGCGAGUGUUGAGAGAAUAAAUAACUUUAAUUGCCACUGAAAAUAACGCGUUAAAAAACUCACCAAAACGGAAUGCGUGUGUCUGAAAUAUCGCCGCCGCCAUCUACGGGGACGCGCUGCGGUUCAUCGUUCGAUCACUCUGAUUUUCAAAACUUGGUGUGUCAAGAAUAUAUAUUAUCGUUGUUAAAAACGCAGCGUGAUUUAAUAAAUUUGUAUGAUCUGAA